UCCGACGUCACCUACUCUGAAAGCCCGUGUGUUUUGUGUUUCUUUGGGGCCACGAUGAUUAUCGCUAAUUUAACGUUGAAAUUAUUGAAAUUGAAAUUAGAUUUCCUGAUGUCAUAAAAAUACCUAAAGCAAAACACUAAGCAAACAUUCUCAUAUGUAAUUUAGGAAGAAAAAAACAAAUUGUAACAUUGUAAGGAAAAUUUAAACACUUUCAACCAACAAUUUUACAUCACAAUCCAACAAAAUGGGCAUCCAAGAUCUGCAAGUCUUUCUGGACGGCAAUUACGUACAAGGAGGAUCUGUACCUGUGGAUCUUUUGAAAAUUGCGCGUACCAUUGCCCAAAGACAACAUAAUCGUGUCGGUAAAGCACAACAAUUACAUUCUGGAAAAUUAAGAUUAGUACUCGAUGGAGAGUGCUGUUUAGACAGAUUAUACGGAGGUUAUUUCUCAGAUUGGGCAUGUGGUGGACAAUGGAAUCGAAUGCUACAGUUCUUAGCAGUUCUUAUACAAGCAACAGAAAUGUCAGGCUUGGAAUUGGCUGUAUUCUUCAAUGGAUGUUUCGAAUCUCCUCGACGUACAGACUGGGUUCAGAAUCAGUUGCAAGUGAGAAUUAAAGUAAACAAUGUGUUAAAACACAUUUCGACAAAAGGUACUCCACCGCCAAAAAUUUGGUGGACUCCACCAGUAUGUUUGAGAACCAGUCUGCGUAUGGCUCUGAGACAUUUAAAUGUUACAGUUUUGUGCAGUAUGGAUGAUCAUCAUCAAGAAGUAAUUGCUUAUUGUCGUGAAAAUAACUUCAACGGCUUGAUUGCCGACGAUGCUGAGUACGCGGCAUUUGAUCCUCCACGAUACUUCUCGUCUGAACAAUUAAAGCUUACAUACAAGGGCUCCCUCGACACAAAGGAAUACAUUCUUCCUGAACUUCUAAAAGCACUGAACAUCCCAUCCGACAGACUAUGCUUGUUAGCUGCAUUACUUGGAAAUUAUAUCUUGAACGAACAGGAUUUGGCUGAUUUUUACAAGAAGAUAAACAUCAAUACUAAUUUGAACAAAGUAAACGUGGAACAGACGAUAAAAACCAUUGCCAGUUUCGUUAAGGAUCUGCCAUCUGUUGAAUUAGACGUGGUAGCGCAAAAAGUAUUCGGGGCUCUGUCGGAUCCAAGGUGUUUGAAAUUGAGACAGUCCGUUCAGUACUAUAUAAAUGGAACUAAAGAUGGGUUUCUGCAUUACAAACCAGUGAAACAAAAUAAAAUGCACAAGUCGGACUCCAAACAGAACGUAGUACAAACGCCGUCGAAUGUGUCCGAAACACCGACAACCUCGGAAGCGGAUACGAAUUUAGAGACAUCUAGAUUCGCGUCCGAAACUGUGGAGAGCGAACGCGAGAGCUUGAACGCGUACAAGCAAGCGACAGCGAACGCAAAGUCCGCUCCACAAAUUGUGAUAGAUCCACCGGGUAUUCAGGGUCAUGGAGAUGCCGUUCAUAUUAAGACGGAAGAAGAACAAAGUAAUGGACACGUUGUCAACGGCACCCACAAUCUUCUGAUUAGUUCAUCGAGUUCGAGUAGCAGUUCUUCCGCCACUUCUCCAUCCCACGCGACAGCCGAUUCCACGAAACAAGCGGAAAAGACAACUAGUAUUCCAACGACGGUACCGGAAGUGAUGCGUACCGCGUCGGAGAGGCAUCAGAAAGGACUGAUGUCCCCUCACAUUUAUCAGAUUCUAAUCGCCGGCGAGAUUAAGCUACCGGUCCUCUUGGAGGACGAGAAUCAUCGUGAAUUCCCAUCGAUUCAUCUCAUCUAUAGACCCGUACGACAGAUGGUCUACGCGAUAUUGUUCAAUCUUCAUCACCGAAUGUAUUUAGCUACUAAAAUUAAAGAGAAAUGCGAUAGCGAAAAAAUCGAGGUCCCAGACGUUGUGAUAAAGGAGUGGGUGUGGUCCAAGUCGAAUCCAUACCAGACUCCGGAGUUAGUGAAGGCGGAACAGAUUGGUUGGGGCGUUCCUACGAUUCAACGUUUAUGGUUUGGCACAGGCAUAGAUGAUAAACGCCGCAGACUACGAGGAUUCUUGACCUGUAUGAGGUCAGACACGCCUCUCAUGUUAAAUACUACCUACGUGCCGCAACAUCUGUUAGUCAUGGCUUGUGUAUUAAGAUAUAUUAUGUCAUUCUCAGAUAUAAUCAAGAUCCUACGCCGUCAGGAACUAGAUGCUUUUAUUGCACAAGCAUUUUCCCCUGAGCUUAUGAACGCUCAAUAUUUACAGGAUCUUCAGCUUCCUUUAGUGACAUCCCGCGGAGUACAACUGGCUACGUUAUUUAUGGCUGGUGUCGAAACAGCUCUGCUGGCUAACGAUGCUUGUGGCGCACCGAUCCCGUGGUUAAUGUGUUGUCCGUGGUUGUAUUUCGAUGGGAAAUUGUUCCACCACACAUUAGCUCGUACCACUAUAGCGAAAAAUCUACUAGAACUGUGCAGUGGCCAUAUAGAUCGUGUUGUGAAAGUCGAUCGAAUGAGGAAAGCUGUUUUGGAGGGUAUCAACGUUGUUUUCGCACGCCCACCGAUGCCUGUUGCACCAGGUAUUCGCGUAUCGGUGCCCCAGAAUAUCUUGGCCGCCGGUUGCACGAUCAACGACGGUUUAAUGCGUGGCCGUGGAAGCGGAACAAUGCCCCAACGUGGGUUAAUGCGCCGACCUAUACCAUCUCGUGGCGGUCAGUUGGAAAUCGCUGGCGUUGUCGUGGGUCAAUGGGGCCCUAACUAUGGGCAGCCAGGUCGUUUAUCUCAACCUCUACAAGGACAUCCCCGUGGACGACUACCACCACAGGUGACGUCAAUAGGCGGUCUCAAGUAUGGUCUCCCACGUGGUUUCCCCCCUUUGGGUCGACCCACGUUUCAAACGCGUGGGAACAAUCGCGCCCCUAUGGCAGGGCGUGGAAAGAAAAUGCAAAUGAAGGCAACCGGCAAGAAGAAGGCCACCGUGAAAAAAAGCAAAGAGUGCGAGAAGAAAGACAGCAGGGGACGAGGCAACGGCGUCGAUGGAGUAACCGAUUACAACAGUAGCGACUCGGUUCCGAAUACACACGCGACAAAAGACCCACUGCCAGUACCAGGCCAAUUCGAGGACGCCGUGGAGAACGGCAAGGGGAUCGAAAAAGGGCAGGGAGACGCGUCUCUUGUUGCUCCGGUGGUCGCUGAGAAUUAGAAACGGGGGAGAAGGAUUGCUUUUGGCGGUAGUGUAUGACACUUCGAAGAUAUUCGUUGAAAAUCGCCUUAAAGUCUCGCACAACGGACAACAGAGAGACAGAGAGACCCUUCAAAUGUUCGCGCGCGCGCAGAAUCACUCGAUAAUGUCUAAAGCUCUGAUGGGGCCAAAACUAAUUAAACUAAUAUAGGAGACAAGGCAUCGAUUAAUGAUGCCAAGACUAUAUAUGUAACACACACAUACACAGGAUAAACCCGUUUUCCGACGUACACAGUAUAUACGAUGUCCUCACUGCCAAACGUACCAUUCAAUGUAUAAGAUAAAACAGAGAAGAAGAAAAAAAAAACAGAAAAACACAAAGAACAGGAGAGAAAAGUUAGGGGGGCAAAAAUUGAAAUAUUGUGCUUCUGCUAGACGAGCGUGUUGUGCGUGUCUCUCGCCUGAUGAUCCACGCUCGGAAAAAACUCACCCAUUGGAUGAACUCGACUGAUUAGUGUAUGCGUGCGCUAAUUUUACUAAAAAAAAAAAAAAAAGAAAGAAAAACGAGAACAAGUCGUCGUCAGCUGCUAAUAAGUAUUUAAUUCUUAAGAAGUGUGAUUAUUUUUUUUACAAUGAAAAUAUAUAUUUUCCGGUAUUAUAUGAAAUGCUCGCAUUGACGGUCUCAGUAUUCUGAUCUCUAAACGCGCGAGAAUCAUUUGUAGCGUUCGGUUACAGGGAGAGUCGGGGACAGGGGGACGAAUGAUUUGGACACUGACGCAGAUCGAUAUUAUAUAUAUGGCGUACAAACCGUAUAUAUGUAUACUGUUUUACACGGAUAGAUUGUUUUUCUCGUAACUAAGAAUACGGCGACGCAGGAUACUGAGAUGUUCAUUAGUAAAUGGAGACUGAUGCUUUUCAUAUAGGUAAAAUAUAUAUUUAUAUAUGAUUUAGAUUAGAGGUUUCCAAUAUAUAGCGUAUUAAUAUGUGUAAGCUGUGAAUGCUCAGGAGCGAAAUGAAUGAAUGCAUGCCCACGAGCGAGUGACGAAGAUGGGGAGGAGAUAUUGUAAGAAUGAAAGGGGGAGAGAUAGAGAGAUGGAGUAAUUGUUUAUUUGCAAAUCGCUGUGCGGUUAGAGAGAAUGACUGAACGUGUAAUGAUUGCGAAAGGAACACUUAGGAAAACAAAAAAAUGUGUAUAUAAACGUGGGAUGUUAAAUAAUGUCGGAGCUGGGUGAACGAGCACGCGAAUGCCCGAAUGGAAAAGGAAAGAUUUGCGUGCUUGUACACGCAGCCCCUACCAAAUAUAUUUAUUUGCUGUUGCGUCGAAGGAGAGAGGAAUGAUUGUGUGUGUGUGUUUGUGUGGUGUGCGCGCGUGCGCGCACGCGCGCGUUUUUGGAAAGAAUUAAGAAAAAAAUUUAUGUAUGAUAAUUGUAACCGUGGAUUCCCUUGGGGCCUAUCGCGAGUGUUAUCGACGUGGAAAAAAGGAGCAAAAAAAAAGAAACGUUCUCUCUGUGAAAGUGUUGCGGCACUCACGGUACGCCCAGGAUCGCUUGGAAAAUAUGCUACACUUUCGUCGCAAAUUUCACGUUAUAUAUCCAGGGGGUGUUUUCAAAAUUCCAAAUUUUGUUGACCUGCUAAACGGUAAGGAAAACGGUAAGCGGAUACCGUUCUAAGGAAUGAGUUGCAAUUUUGU